AUGGUAGGCGCACCCAUUUCCUUCUCUGGAGUUGUUCAUGCUGUGAAGGAGAAGGUGCAGGAGAAAUUGGACUCUUCUAGCACAACAAAAUAUGCUCCACCAGGAACACCAUAUGCAACACCAAAUUCAUCCAUUUCCACCAUUCCCCCCACCUCCAAACAUGGUGGCGCCACCCCCAAUUCAUCUCCCUACCCGAGUGCGACACCCUAUUCUGCCGCAUCUCCACCACACAUGAUCACCACCCCAAAUUCAGCUCCUUACCCAGCUUCCACACCCUACUCUUCUGCACCUCCAUACAUGACAACCCCACCAAAUUCAUCUCCUUUCCAAGCUGUCUUAACCUAUUCUGCCACACCUCCCAACGUGCCAAACUCUCCAUAUUCAUCUUCCAUGUCUCCUUACACCACAUACCCUCCUGAUUCAGCCCCAAUACCUCCAAGCACAACCUAUCCUCCUAAUUGCUCAUCUCCUUUCUCCACUUAUCCUCCCAAUUCAGCAGCGCCAUAUCCCCAAGCUCCUAACCCUUCCACUCAAUCACCUGAAAAUCUUCUUCAGUCAUGUCCUCCUCCGGCAGGCUACUCUUCACAUCCAUACCCGCCUCCUCCUCAGGCCACUACUUCACAGCCGUACCCGCCUCCCCCUCAGGCUGUUCCUUCGCAUUC